AUCUUCGAUAAUGUUCGACUUUAAGUCAUCUGAUACCAACUGAGAAGAAACUUCUUUUUAAGGGAGUGCCGGAGGGAUUAGAAACCUUGAAGGAUCCGACUUCCAGAAACAUGACUAGUGGAUUGUAUCCAGGCCCUCUCCUGGCACUGCUCUGUCUCCUCCACAGCUCUGAGGAGUCCUGCCCGUCCAUGUGCCUCUGUACAUCUGACACAGUGAGCUGUAGCUCCAGUGGUCUGUCCAAGAUACCUCUAUCACUGCCCUCCUUCUCUGCCACCCUCGACCUCAGUCACAACCAUCUGUCCUGGCUGGGUCCCGGCAGCUUCAACACGAUGCCCAGACUGGAAAACCUCCAGAUGUCCCACAAUCAGCUCAACGCCUUGGGCCAGGGGGUGUUUCACAAUGCCUCUGGGCUCAGGUACCUUGACCUGUCUUCCAACAAGCUGCAAGUGGUGGAGCAGCACUAUUUCCACGGGCUGUGGAGGCUGGAGGAACUCCUCCUUUUCAACAAUAAGAUCACACAGGUGGAGGCCGGAACGCUGGGCGGUCUGAGCAGCUUAAAAAAGGCAUAUUUCAGCCUCAACCAGAUCACACACUUCCCGUUCUUCUCCAUCCAAGACCACAGUCAUCCUUUUCUGACCAUGCUGGACCUCUCAUCCAAUCGUAUGAGUCGUUUGCCCUGGGAGGAUGUGAAAGCCUUGCCUGGGUUGGUGCAGCGGGGGCUUUAUCUCCAUAACAACUCUCUGAUCUGCGACUGCUCCAUGUACAGUGUAUUCUGGCACUGGGAUCUAAGGGGUUAUGACUCACUGAAGGAUUUCACGGAUGAGCACACUUGCAGCCUCUAUGGGGACCCACGAGCCUCAAUCCGGUUCCUGCGACACACCCGCUUUUUCCAAAACUGCACUGUGGAGAAAGCCGUCUCGCUGCCCGUGACCGUGCUCCUCUCCAGGGUGUUAGUUUCAGAGGGAGAGACAGUGCGUCUAGACUGCCAAACAUCCCUGAGCAGCACAGACCUCUCAUUUACAUGGCUCUCCCCUAGCAAGGGAUACAUCACACAGGCCAGCAUAAAUGACACUCUAAUUAGUCUGUUUCCUAAUGGUACCUUGGAGAUCCAAGAAGUUAAGGUCAAUGACUCAGGUCUGUACGUGUGCACAGCUGUGGAUUUUAAACAGGGGUUGAAUGCAACCAGAGAAGUGAACGUGACAGUCCUGCAGCCUGUAGCAGAGUCUUUCAACACGGGCUACACAACAUUGCUCGGAUGUGUGGUGACCAUGGUCCUCAUCCUCAUGUACCUCUACCUGACUCCAUGUCGCUGCAGCUGCUGUAAACAGCCCAAACCUCCAGUCAUCCCCAUUGCAACUUAUGACCCCAACACCCUAUCCUCUGUUUUUUCCCCCUCCUUAAGAGACCAUCCCAAAAUCCAAACUAAUAGGCAUGUAGCAUUCAUGGAGCCGAUGGUAGGUGAAGUAGGAACAGAAUGGACACCUGAGAGUUGAUGCUAAACAGAGAUUUUUCUUUUUUCUUUUUUUGGGGGGUGCGCAAACAGGAGACCGCUGGACUAACCAAAAACUGCUUUCUCAGGAAUUAGCAGUGAGAUGCCGUGAAGGAAAAAAAGAACAUCAUUUCUCUUUCCUGACUGCCGGCUGUAGUUAAAAGGCCUUGUGAACUAAAAAAGCAAUAUCUUCUGCUCCAGUUCUGCUCUUCUCUGUCAUCUGACCCAAUAGUCCAAAUGAAAGUUUCAACUUUGGUUUAUUACCCUUGGUGUACUGACAUUGCUAAAUCACAGUAGGGCCAUUAUCAGCCCUAAAAAUCAGCUAAUAACGUCUGUGUGUACUCAGGUAGAGCACUAGGGGUGAAAAUGUCUUGCAGGAUCAAAGAAUGAA